AUGGACAAGGACAAGCCGGGGGACACCUCGGGCAAGCAUGGUCACGACGAAACAUCGCCUGUAGCAACACCGACCAAGAAGCCUCGCACCGCCAGUCCAGCUGAGGCGGCCGCAGGGUCAACGAGGCUUGAGCCGCUCCAGGCGCCACUCGUCACAGACCCGACGUCGGAUGCGGGCAUCGAAGCAGACGACACGGCCAGCGAUGGCGGCUACGAGUCCGAUUUGGCGUCGCGAGCGUCUACCUCGGUGUGCAGCGCCGUGCGCGACUACGAAUUCGAGAACAACAGGCGCUACCAUCGCUUUCAAGAGGGCAGGUAUCAGUUCCCCAACGACGAGCCGGAGCAGGAGAGGGAGGAUAUGAAGCAUGCUAUGGUGUUGCAUCUGUGUCAAGGCAAACUCCACUUUGCGCCGUUGGAGAACCCACAGAAUGUUUUGGACAUAGGGACAGGGACGGGCAUCUGGGCUAUCGACAUGGGAGACGAAUAUCCAGGAGCCGAGAUCACGGGCAUCGACCUGAGUCCAAUCCAGCCGCAGUGGGUACCGCCAAACGUCCGGUUCAUAGUUGACGAUGCCGAAGCAGAGUGGGUAAUUCCGGAAGCCUCUCUGGACUACAUCCAUAUACGGCAUAUGACCUCUUCAAUACGCGAUUGGCCUCUGUUGUUAUCGCGCGCAUACAAAGCCCUAAAACCUGGUGGAUGGAUCGAACUGCAAGAGCUUCAAUUCCAAGUCAAGUGCGACGAUGGAACGGUGCGCGAAGGCAACAAAGUCCAAGACUUCUUCGAGACGAUGAAGCGCGCACUAGAGAAUUUCAACGUCGACUUGCUAGCGAUGCGGCACAACAAAAAGAACGUCACCGACGGAGGCUUUGUCGAUGUCGACGAAAUACCCUUCAAAAUACCCAUUGGCACAUGGCCCAAAGACAUCAAUAUGAAAAAGUGCGGGCUCUACAACAGGAGCAUGAUUCACGAUGCGCUCUACGGUGUUGCCGUGAGGCCUUUUACGCGAGGCCUCGGAUGGACAAUAGAAGAAUUGGAACUGUAUUUAAUAGACGUGCGAAGAGAGCUAACAGACAACAGUCAGCACGGCUACACACCAUUUAAUGUGGUGAUAGGCCGAAAACCUGGAUAA